AGAUAAUCGUGUCAGGGGUCGUGGCCCCCGUCUCCAAUCCCAAUGCAACUCUGUGCAAUCCAACAAAGGAUAUAAACUCGUCGAAGAGAGGCGUUCCAGACACCCGUUGUUGGCGCGUGAAAACCCGGCCGAUCGAGACGAUGGAAAAAACUCCUCCGCUCUUCUCCACCCUCCCGCUCGUUCUUCUCCUCCUGUUGACGAUCGUCCGAUCUCAGGAGCUCGCACCUCAGUGCAAACGGAUAACCGGGUACGAGGUGUGCGAGAGGAAAGGCACUCUGGUGGACGUCACCCAACAGGAAUUCGAGGACAGGCUGGAUAUCCACGACAUGAAUCUGCUCUCUAUCAGGGAGAACGCGUUCAAAAAUCUGUCCACGACAAAGCUCAGCCUCGGUUUGGGUAACAAGAUAUCGGUGGUGAGGAGGGAAUCGUUCAAAGGAUUGGAUAAAUUGGCGCGACUGGACCUGGACAGCAACGCGAUACAACUAUCGCCUAAUUUGUUCUCCGAGUUGAAACAGUUGAACUCGUUGUCCCUCAUCUUCAACAGGAUCGACGACAUACCCAGGGACACGUUUGCAGAUCUGUCCAACUUGAUGUGGUUGUAUUUGGGGCACAACGAUGUCCGAUCCAUCGAUAAAAAUUCGUUCUCGGGAUUAUCAUCGUCGUUGCUGUUCCUCUGGUUGAACGACAAUAAGAUUUCCAGCAUAGAGAGUGGCACGUUUGGCCAGAUGCCAGAGUUGACCCGCCUUCAUCUGGAGAACAAUAAGUUGACGUCCAUCCGGCAAGGGGUAUUCAAGGGUUUGCACAAGUUGGACGGCUUGUUUUUGGAGCACAAUCAGUUGGCCAGGGUGUCGAAGACGGAUUUCAAAGGAUUGAUCGGUCUCAGGAUCUUGAAUCUACAUCACAAUCGGAUAGAGAGUAUCGAGGAGGAUGCGUUCUCGGACAUGAAACAAUUGGAACAGUUGGAUCUCAGGAAGAACCAAUUGUCCACGAUCGAGGCUCGAGUGUUCAGCGGGUUGACCAGCUUGAAGAAGUUGGAUUUGUCCGACAAUAAGAUAGGCGUAGUGCGGCCUGCCGCGUUUGAAGGUCUUCCAGCCCUGAAAACGUUGAAUCUCGCGAAUAAUAAUUUGACCGGCGUGGACAGGAAGAACUUUGGUUUGACCAGUUUGACCAUUCUGUACACCUAAGGAUGUA